CUGGCAUUGGUCGCCACCUGCGAAGAAGAAGAAGAAAGAGCAAGAAGAAGAAGAAAGAGCAAGAAGAAGAAGAAGAAAUUGCAAGAAGAAGAAGAACGCAGAAAUCUAACCAAGUCAUACAUUUUAGAGCAAUGACCUUAUUUCUUGGAAAGCGGUAUCUAGGAGAUGAUGGAGAUGGGACUAUUUCUAAGCAGUCCAGUUCACUGGUGUUACUGGCUAGACUGGAUCAAAAGGCAAAGGGGAAGCAGAAGCAAAAUUUAACAGAGGAAAGAAUAGAGAUUUUUGAAAAACACACUGGUGAUCUUUAUGUUAAAAAGAAAAGAGAGGCCAACAAUGACAGCAAUCAAGAAAGUCAGAUAUGUAAAAGGAGGAAGUCAAAGGCUGUAAUCAUGACUGUAUCGGACCAUACCCAUAAAGGACCUGAUGAGUGUGAAGAGAAGAUAAGAAAGAGAGGUGCGAAUGAAGGGCGAAAGUAUGAUCAGUCAGUUCCAGGCUGUGUCGUUGAUAAACUGUCAGAGACUGUUACUGGCAGCGAUGGAGAGGUUGAAAGGGAAGAUGUUAAUAUCCCAAAGGAAACUUCAAGGAAGUCUUCUAUUCCAUCUGGUUUCACAGUUCUGGGAGGAUUUGAGAACACAACAAUACAAAAGGUUCACAGAGUCCUUCCGCAGUGGCUGGCUCAGCCUGAUGUUAUCCCCAGGGACAUGAAAAGUAAACUGCUUCCAUGCUCUGAUAUCAGAGGACUUACUGUGCCACUGCUGAAGAAGCUAUGUAAUCAUGGAAUUAAUAACUUCUUUCCAGUCCAAGCAGAGGUCAUCCCUGCCAUCUUGGAGGGUGCACAGCAAGGACUACUAAUUGGACAAGCUGGUUACAAGCCCAGAGAUAUUUGUGUUUCUUCUCCAACAGGGAGUGGCAAGACUUUGGCUUUUGUCAUCCCUGUUAUACAAGUGCUGAUGAAAAGGGUUGUGUGUGAAGUCCGUGCCUUGGCUGUGCUACCGACCAAAGAACUCGCUCAGCAGGUUUGCAAGGUCUUUACAGCAUAUGCCGAGGGAACCACCCUGAGAGUAGCCAUACUAGCAGGCCAAAAGUCAUUUGCAGCAGAGCUGGCUUCACUUUCUGAAGAGAGAGGAGGGAUGAGACGCUGUUUAGCUGAUAUAGUUGUGGCUACUCCAGGUCGACUUGUUGAUCAUAUCAACAAGAACUCGGGCUUAUCUCUGGAUCAUCUUAGGUUUCUUAUUAUUGAUGAGGCAGACAAAAUGAUUGACAGUAUGCGUCAGUCUUGGCUCAGUCAAGUAGUAAAGGCAGCGUACGGAACGUCGAAGCAGACCCCAGAGCACAUGUCCAUCUUCAACCACAGAGCACCCUUGUAUGUUACAGCAACUAGUCUAUCUCCUCCUCAAAUGCCGCUUCAGAAGCUGCUUUUCUCUGCUACACUCACCAAAAAUCCAGAGAAAUUGGAGCAGCUGGACCUUCACCAGCCAAGACUUUUUAGGUCUGCCAACCCUCCAUGUUCCCUAAACUGUCCUCAGUCAAUUGUUGACUCCCAUAAAUCUGAGCUGUUUGACUUCCCUCAAAGUCUGACGGAGUUUUAUGUGCUUUGCACACUCUGCACAAAGCCUCUCAUUAUCCUCCACUUCAUCCUACACAUGAAGCUCAGCCCCAUUCUUUGUUUUGUCAACUCUAGAGUAACAGCUUACAGACUUUACCGGCUGAUGCAACUCUUUGGUGGCAUUCAAGUAGCAGAGUUCUCUUCCCGGCUGUCUCCCAAAGAGAGAAAGAAGAAGCUGAAGGGAUUUGAACAGGGAAAGAUCCACCUGAUGAUCAGCACAGAUGCCGCUGCCAGAGGCAUUGACAUCUCUGGUGUCAAAUGUGUUGUGAACUAUGAUGCUCCGCAGUACAUCAGGACGUACAUUCAUAGAAUUGGAAGAACUGCAAGAGCUGGAAAAGCUGGUCUGGCCUUCACCUUUCUGCUUGGAGUACAGGAAAAGAACUUCAUUCAGAUGGUGAUGGAAGCAGGGAGUCUGGGGAUCCAAAAGCAGAUCAUUAAUCCUGCAAAGAUGAGGAGUUUAGAAAGCCGAUAUGAACAAACACUACAGGAGCUUGCUGCUGUCAUUAAGGAGGAAAGAACAUGAAAUGAUGCGAUCUUUAAUGAGCUGACAGAAGAUCAUUUCGAAUGGAAUAAUUUUUUUGUUACAAGACUGAUAGAAUGUUAUUCAUUUCAUACGAAUAGCUCAUGACUGGUUUAUAAUUAUUUGGUGCCUGUGUGUGGUGAAAAUAUAUUUCACUGUUGGUAAUUUUUAGUUAUUGCAGAUGUGAAUGAAAUGGCUCUUUCCAUCAGAUACCCUCUUAAAUCAGUAUAAAAAUACAAUAGCAAAACAAUAAUUUGAAAAAUGAAAUGUCAAAUUCUUGUCUCAAUGUCCUCAAUUUAACAUAUGUUCGUGUGUGUGUAUACAAACUCAAUUCCAAAUAGCAAAUGAUCACAAGCUUAGAAUUUUAUGGCUCCAAUAUGUUGCAAAAAAACCUCAGACAGGUGGCAAAAAAAGUGAGAAAGUUGACGAAUGCUCAUCAAACACCUGUUUGGAACAUCUCACAGGUGAACAAGCUAACAAGUAACUAGUGGGUGCCAUGAAUGGAUAAUAAAGGAGCUUCCCUGAAUUGCUGUCUUUCACAAGCAAAGAUGGGGUUUGGUCCUUCACAAGCAAAGAUGCAAUUUGGUUCACCUCUGUGAAUAAGUGCAUAAGAAAAUCGUCCAAAAGUUUAAACAAUAUUCCCCAACUUGCAAUUGCAAGGAAUGUAGAUACGUCUUCAUACAUGGUCCAUAAUAUCAAAAGGUUCAAAGAAUCUGAAGAAAUUACAGCAUGUAAGCAGCAAGGAAAAAAAAACACAUUGGAAGCCCAUGGCCUUUGAUCCCUCAGACAGCACUUGUAUAAAAAACUGUACAUCAAUGUAUCAAGGAUAUCACCACAUCAGUUUAGUUACACUUAAAAAAAACUGUCAGUAAAUAAUGUUCAGCGCUACACCCGUAAGUAUAAUUUCAAACUAUACGAUGUAAAGCCAAAACCAUUCAUCAUGAACACCCAGAAACGCCACCAGCAUCUCUGAGCCUGAGCUCAUCUAAAAUGCACUGAUGAAAAGUGUUUCCUGGUCUGACAAGUUCAUAUUUUAAAUUGUUUUGGAAACGGUGGAUGUUGUAUCAUCUGGCCCAAAGAGGAAUAGAACCAUCCGGAUUGUUCUCAAUGGCAAGUUCAAAACCCAGCAUCUGUGAUGCUAUGAAGCUCUGUUAGUUACAAUGCUCCCAUUAAUACCAAAAGGUACAUACAGGUUUUGGUUUUGAAGUAACAUAUGCUGACAUCAAGUCAAUGCCUUUCUCAUCGAUGCCCCUGUUUAUUUCAGCAAGUCAGUAAUAAACCACAUUCUGCACAUUUUAAGUUAGCACAGCUUUGUAGUUAGUGUGUGUUAGAAAUUGGCCUCCAUGCUGCCCAUACCUGUCUCCUAUUGAAAGUGUGUGGCUCUAAUGUGAAGUGUAAAAGCACAACGGAGACCCCAAAGUGUAGGGCCAGCAACCCAAAAUGUUGAAAGAGCCAUUUUGGACUAAAAAAAAACAAAUAUGUCUGGAGCCGCAAAAAAUUAAAGCCUUAUAUAAGCCAUAUAGAGCUCGUGCACCUACGUCAUAAAAUCACGUGACAUCAUUGUGUGAGUGAGAGGGAAGAGUGAGGAUACAGGGAGAAGAGAGAGCACGGGUGGACAACUUCAAAUAUUUAGGGUCAACAAUCCAGAGCAAUGGUGAGUGUGGUAAGGAAGUGAAGAAACUGGUCCAAGCAGGUUGGAACAGCUGGCGGAAGGUGUCUGGUUUGUUAUGUGACCGAAGAGUCUCGGAUAGGAUGAAGGGCAAAGUUUAUAAAACAGUGGUGAGGCCGGCCAUGAUGUACGGAUGAGAGACGGUGGCUCUGAAGAAACAACAGAAAUGAAGAUGUUGAGGUUCUCGCUCGGAGUGAGCAGGUUGGAUAGGAUUAGAAAUGAGCUCAUUAGAGGGACAGGCAAAGUUGGAUGAGCAGACUUUGAUGGUUUGGACAUGUUCAGAGGCGUGAGAGUGAGUAUAUUGGUAGAAGGGUGCUGAGGAUGGAGCUGCCAGGGAAAAGAGCGAGAGGAAGACCAAAGAGAAGGUUGAUGGAUGUUGUGGUUACAUGAUGGCAGUUGGGGUUAGAGAGGAAGAUGCAGGAGAAAGGCUGAGAUGGAAAAAGAUGACGCGCUGUGGCGACCCUAACGGGACAAGCCGAAAGGAAAAGAAGAAUCGCCAUAUUGCCGCUCUAACAAAGCAUUGUUCAAUGCUAAUUCCGUUGAGACAAAACAAAAAUGUCUUAUACCACAUCCAGACUUUUGUCCGAUACUGUUAAACAUUUAGAAGGUGAUUAAUAAAUGAAGGUACGUGGAAAAAUUAGAGACACUUUGCAUAGAGGACCCUUAUUUAAUGCCGAAGUUGAUGUUGUUGCCGAUAAGAAAUUGGACUGUUAAUUUGCUUCCACUUGUCUUGGACAACUGGAUAUACACAUGUAUCUGGUAAAUCGUCGAGAUUUACACAGAAAUGUUUGAAAGCGCAUUAAAGUCUGGACGCAAACAAAUACUUCUAUACGAAUAAAUCCCACAUCGUGAUGGACCCACUUGGAUUUUUUUUUUCAAUACAAAUACCAAUAUUUAAAUAAAUGACCCAUGGUUUUACACAAACUCGCCUUCAUUAACUACGAUUGGGAGAAAAAAUUAGGACAGGGAGUAGUCUCCUCCGUACACUGAAGCGUACACGUUAACCUCCGUAAGCUUCUGAGACAGACGUUCUAUUUAUUCAAAUGAGUCAACCUGGCAUGAUAAAUAUUUCUUGGUAAUUUGACACUGAGAAGAAUAAUUCCAACCUGAAACGAUUGCUACACAUGUGUGUGUAUUUGGUUGGGCACCAUCCAUCAAUCAAUAUAAUCCCAGGAAUAAUUGCUGAAAUCCAAUCAAUCUUUUCUGGUCUUUUCAGAUGGUAUUCUCCAGAAAGAUCUCUUUGAAUAUCUGUCUCAUCUGUUGUGACAGUGAAGAGCAGAACAGGCUUUUGGCAUUGUGAAUAUUGUUCAAUGUCUCCCACAUUGUUGAACAGCUCUGUUUUGACCGGCAGUAUGAUGCCGUGAAAACGGUGACGUCACGUGCACGAGCUCUAUAAUGAAGGCAAUGCAUGCUGUAUGUAUCUAUUUUAGCAUACGAUCGAAAUGACCAAGUUUGCUCAAAUGCACUGAAGAAAAUAAGUAUUUGAAUACCCUGCUAUAUUGCAAGUUCUACCACUUAUAAAUAAUGGAGGGGUCUGAAAUUUUCAUCAUAGGUGCAUGUCCACUGUGAGAGAGAAUCUAAAAAAGUUCCAGAAAUCACAAUGUAUGAUUUUUUUUAUUUUUUUUUUUUUAACAAUUUGUGUGAUCUAGCUGAAAAUAGGUAUUUGAACACCUGUCUAUCAGCUAGAAUUCUGACCCUCAAAGACCUGUUAGUCCGCAUUUAAAAGUGCACCUCCACUCCAUGUAUUAUCUAGAAUCAGAUACACCUUGUGAGGUCGUUAGCUGCAUAAAGAGACCUGUCCACCCCAUACAAUCAGUAAGACUCAAACUUAUAACAUAGCCAAGACGAAAGAGCUGUCCAAAGACACCAGAGACGAAAUUGUACAACUCAAUCUCAAUCCGAGUGGAUCCCCGUGGAAGAUAUCACCUUGUGGGGUCUCAAUGAGCCUUAGAAAGGUGAGGAAUCAGCCCAGGCCUACACGACAGGACUUGGUCAAUGACCUGAAAAGAGCUGGGACCACCAUUUCCUAGGUGUCUGUUGGUAAUACACUAAAACGUCAUGGUUUGAAAUCAUGCAUGGCAUGGAAGGUUCCCCUGCUUAAAACAGCAUAUGACAAGACCUGUCUUAAGUUUGCCAGUGUAUGCCAAUGACAAUUUGGAUGAUACACAGGAGUCAUGGGAGAAGGUUUUGUGGUCAGAUGAGACCAAAAUUGAACUUUUUGGUCAUAAUUCCACUAACUGUGUUUGGAGGAAGACGAAUGAUGAGUACCAUCCCAACUGUGAAGCAUGGGGCUUGUAGCAUCAUGCUUUGAUGUGCUUUUCUGCACAUGGGACAGGACGACUACACUGUAUUAAGGAGAGGAUGAUCGUGGCCAUGUAUUGUGAGAUUUUGGGAAAAAACCUCUCCCUCAGUCAGAGCAUUAAAGAUGGGUCGUGGCUGGGUCUUUCAACAUGACAAUGACCCAAAGCACACAGCCAGGAAAACCAAGGAGUGGCUCCGUAAGAAGCAUAUCAAGGUUCUGGUGUUAGCCAGUCUCAAGACCUAAACCUAAUAGAAAAUCUUUGGAGGGAGCUGAAACGCCGUGUUUCUCACCGACAGCCCAGAAACUUGUCUGAUCGAGAGAAGAUAUGUAUGGAGGAGUGGGCCAAAAUCCCUCCUGCAUUGUCUGCAAACCUGAUGAACAACUACAGGAAACAUUUGACCUCUGUAAUUGCAAAAAAGGCUACUGUAACAAAUAUUAACAUUGGUUUUCUCAGGUGUUCAAAUACUUAUUUGCAGCUGUAUCACACAAAUAAUUAAAAAAAACAUACAUUGUGAUUUCUGGAUUUUUCUUUUUAGAUCUCUCUCACAGUGGACAUGCACUUCCGAUGAAAAUUUCAGACCCCUCCAUGAUCUCCAAGUGGGUGAACUUGCAAUAUAGCAGGGUGUUCAAAUACUGAUUUUCUUCACUUUACGUAAUGAGCAUUCAUGACUGUUCAUUUUCCCUGCAGUGCAUCAUGUAUAGAAUGACACACCACAUGACUGCUCUGUUGUACAAUGCCGCCUCAAGUUUAACUUCAUUACAAUUAAUAAAUUGUUUCAUUACUUUGAUGAAAUUAAUGAAAUGCAAUAAAGAAAUCUUUUUUUCAUUUUUACUUUGAGGAUUAAAAAAAAGGCAUAACGUGCCCUUAUCAAGGCACUAAACAGAGUGCAAUAAAACAGCCUGCGUUUAUAAAAAUAAAGCAGCAGCCUUUUGAAAACAGCGACUUUCUGACUGAAUAUAUGCCUAUGACUUGAUUCUUUUCUUACCUGUUUAAUGCGACUUCUGUUUUCCACCUGUGAACGGUUUUCCAUGCUUUAUUAUCUCCCGGGUUGUAACAAAACUUGUAGCAGUAGUGGAGUUUGGAGAUGCAAUCCACUUCUUAAAUUUAUUUUUCACUCUAUUUUCUCCAUAAGUACUGCAAUCCCUCUUUUCUCCCUUUCCCAAAUUGGUACUCGGGUACAAAUGGAGCAGGCCUUCCCUGUAAAUGUCUUUCCACAUUACUCUUUUUAUUACUUGAGAAUUUCUCACUACAAAGCAACCAUUCAUGCAAUCCUUCCGCAUUGGCAAUGAAUGCAAAUGAUACGGUCCAAGAAACAUUUAAUCCUCUGUUCUCCUCAGGUAUUUUUCUCUUUUCCCACUUGGGAUCCAUGGGCCCAUCACAAAGCCGCCUGUUUGUUUACAGCAGCCAUCCGGGUUAGCAUCCUGUCCUGUUGAUAGAAACGUGUCGCAGGCUAUGAUGCAAAUAUUCGUUCACAGAAAUGUUCAAAUGUAAUAUUUAUUAUACACAUGGUUCCAGCAUUGAAAAAUGUUAAGAAUGUUUGUGCCAUGUUUGUCCUACAGAAACCAUAUUUAAAAUAUAUAUUUCUCGCCCCCAUCUUUUUCAACUUUCAAAACUUUCUGAAAAAGCUCCAGGGAGCCGCGGGUUGCCGACCCCUGCCCCAAACUGUUGAACAGAUGAAGCAGUACAUCAAGCAAGUGGGAAAGAAUCCCACCUACAAAGUUUCAACCAUUAGUGUUUUUAGUUCUCAAAUGUAUAUUGAAUGUUCAAAGAAAAGGUAAUAUAACAGUGGUAACCCUGUUCGAGCCUUUUUGGGACAUGUUGCAGCCAUAAAAUUGUAAGUUAUUUAUUAGAAACAAAGUUGAUCAGGUUAAACAAAUGUCUUUGUCACGUAUUCAAUUAAAUAUAGGUUGAACAUGAUUUGCAAAUCAUUGUAUUCUAUUUUUUACACAUCCCAACUUCAUUGAAAUUGGGGUUUUGUGAGUGUGGCACUCGUGCACAUGACAUCACAGUUUGCACAGCACCAGUCAAACCAAGCUGCUCGGCAGUGCAGGAGUCGUUGAACUGGAGCAGAUUUUUCCAAUUUAUUAUGCUGUUGGUUGUCACAAUAGAUGUGACAAUUCUUCAAAGAUAUCAUUCAAUAGAAUACCACCUGAAAAGACGAGAAAAUAUCAAUGGAUUGCCAGUCAAACAAAGCUGCUUGUCAGUACAGGAGUCGAACUGGAGCAGGUUUUUCACAAUGCCCAAGACCUAUAUUACUGUUGGUUGUCACAAUAGACAUGACAGUUCUUCAAAUUGAUUAUUCUAUAGAAUACUAACUGAAAAGAACGAUGGAUUUUGGCAAUUGAACGGGAUGGAUGAUGCCCAAUGAAAUACACAUGCCUGUGUUGCGAUCAUUUCAUUUUAGGUAGUAAUUAUUCUUCUCAAUGUCAAAUCACAAUCAGCUUUAUUUGUAUAAAAAAAACACCCAAGGAAUUUUUAUCCAGCAGAGGGUGCCUCCCUGGUCUGGCAUACAGAAAGAACAAAACAACAAAUUAUCAAGAAGUAUCAUGUCAAGUUGACUCAUUUGAGAUUAAUACGUAUCUUAAAUAAAUAAUAAACCGUCUGUCACAGAGAGGUUUACGAAGAUUAACAUGUGGCAGCAAUACGCUUCUGUGUAAGGAGGAAUCAAUUCCCCGUCUUACAUUUUUUUUCCAAUCAUAGUUAAUGAAUGUGAGUUUAUGUAAAACCAGGGGUAAUUUAUUUAAAUAUGGAAAUUUGUUUUGAAAAAAAUCUGAGUGGGUCCAUCACUAUGUGGGAUUUAGUCUUGAUUGAGAACAUAUGCAGCAACGAAGUAUAUGUAUGUGUCCAAACUUUUAUGGGCUUUCAAACUCUUCUUUGUAAAUCUCAAUGUAUUCAUCGUAGGUGCAUGUCUACUGUGAGAGACAUACUCUAAAAAGAAAAAUCCAGAAAUCGCAAUGUAUGAUUUUUAGAAGGUGAUAAUAAAUGAAGGUUUAGACGAUUUAUUUGUGUGAUACAGCUGCAAAU